AUGAGGUCCUCUCUCGCGGUGUCUUUCUUCCUCUCUUUGCCCUUCCACUCCCUGGUGGCAGCAGCACCCAGUGUUCAAUCUCCUGCCCGAACUGUAUUCUCUGGAUUGAGCCGGCGCAGUAACAAUGAAUCCUUAUGCCCUGCUCCCGUCGAUAUCCCUACGGUGGCUAAAUUGCCAUCGCCAUUCACUCCUCUAUCCGAAGCCGAAUUGUCGGACGUGAAAGCAUGGCUAUACGACCCUAAGCAGAACCUCAACUUGACAUCCACCAAGAGCGAGACCCUGUCCCAGACCGACAACUACAUCUGGAUCAUUGAGUCCUUGUACCCGAACAAGACCGAUGUUCUUUCAUACCUGGACGGAAAUGGCCCCCUGCCCCCUCGAUAUGCAAGAGUUGUCAUCAACGAGGGUGGCAAGGCUGAUCCCGAUGUCUCUGAAUACUAUGUCGGACCUCUUCCAGUCAGCUCAGAGACGACGAUUCAGACCCUCGACUACUUCUACUCUCGCUCGGCACGCGUCCCAUUCAAUGCCCGAGUCGGUGAUGGUCCUAGAUCUGCUGCUAUCGAUGAAAUCGUCACCAAGACUAUGUCCAGCAUUGCUGAUAUCACGUUCAACUUGACUGGCCUGCAGUACUAUGGCGCCGAUGAUGAGAGGACCAACGCUGCCUACUUUGUCCAGUCGCCUUCCUCCAUGGACGGCAGCACUUCGUACGUCUGGACGCCAUGGCGUCGCGCCGGACUUGCCCCUUACGACCAGCCUUCCGACUUGUAUGUCAACUUCGACAUUGGCGGCAGUGACCCCGCGUUGUACAAGUGCAGGAUGAUUGUUUAUAAUCUUGUCGUAUAUACAUCCGUCGAGGACUUCAGAGAGGCAUUCGAAGCUGGAAAGAUCACACAGUCACCUCCCCCUUCGAGCGAUGAAUCCUUCUUGAGGAAAGAUCGCAAGGGCCCGAUCCGUGAAUUGGAAAACCGAUUGGCUCCCGUCAGUGUUGAGUUGGAUGGCAAGCGAUACAAGGUCGAUGACGAGAACCGUUAUGUCGAGUAUCUCGGAUGGUCCUUCUACACACGAUUCGAUCGCGAUGUUGGUAUUCAGUUCUUUGACGUCAAGUACAAAGGAGAGCGAAUUCUGUACGAGCUUUCGCUUCAAGAUGCUGUUGCACAAUACGCUGGCAACAAUCCCUUCCAGGCUGGUACGGCUUACAACGACCGUUUCUACGGCAUCGGCAUCGAUGUUGGUCGUCUCAUCCCCGGUUAUGACUGCCCAUACCACGCAACUUACUGGAACGCGACCUUGACCAAUGGCGAGUCAGUAGUCAACAAGAAAAACGGACUAUGCAUCUUCGAAUCUGACAUUGGUUUCCCGGUGACGCGACACACCGACUCGACUUACACCCAGAGCACCAAGGGAUCCAAGUUGACAGUUCGCCAGAUCGCUACCGUAGGCAACUAUGAUUACCUCUGGGACUACCAAUUCUUCGUCGAUGGAAGCAUAGCCGUUGAUGCUCGCGCCUCGGGCUACGUCCAAGCUAACUACUACCGACCUGAUGAUGAAGGCAAAUGGGGACCACGAAUCCAAGAGACCAUUGCAGGAACCCUUCACACCCACGUGAUGAACUUCAAGGCCGAUUUCGACCUCAUCGAUGCGAACAACACUUUCCAGAAGACCGACAUUAUCGUAGAGAACAUUACCCAGCCAUGGUACCCCGAGCUCGGCACCUUCGAGCAAAUGCGCUACAACAUCACCGAGCUCGCCAAUGAAGACUCAGCCCUUCUCGAGCUCCCCAAGAACGGACAAUCCAUGUACACUGUCAUCAACAAAGCACACACCAACAAGUGGGGACUUCCCCGAGGCUACCGCGUGAUCCCCGGUCUCUCCAACGUCCACCUCGCCUCGCACACCAAUCCCUUCUUCCUCAAGAACGGCGAAGCCUACAAGCAAGCCUUCGCCGUCUCUCGUCACCACGACACCGAACCCCACUCCUCGGCCGCCCUCAACCAGAACCUCCCCGCCGACCCCAUGGUAGCCUUCUACGAUUUCUUCGACGGCGAGAGCCUCAUCCAGGAAGAUCUCGCGGUCUGGUUCAACUUAGGCAUGCAUCACUACACUCGCGCUGAGGACAUCCCGAACACGUUGAUGACAGAGGCUCACAGCAGUGUCAUGUUUGCGCCGCAGAACUGGGGCGAUGUCGAGCAGACCGUUGAUCUGACCAAUGCUGUUAUCUUCAACAAGCGCGAGGGUGAUAAGAAGGGCAGUGUUGUCCCUGAGACUAACGGAGCCAACCCGCCCAAGUCCUUCCCAUUGAGGGACGAUGAUCAGUUGUUGGGUGUGUUCUAAAUGUAGAUGGUUGGAACGAAAGGCAGAUAGAGGAAGGCUGUCUACUGCAAGGCAAAUAGUCUACUGUAGACGUUUGCGCUGC